UCCCGUUGGCUUCUUUCCCUGCCACUGGAAUUGAGUAAACUACAUUUCCCAGCGUUCCCGGUAGUGACGCUCUGCUUCCGGCCGACGUGUCUCUCAGGAAGAGGAGCGGGCGAGACCGUAGCGACAUGGCGCCUCUGGCCCCCGGCCCGGCGUCCGGCGGCUCCGGGGAAGUGGAUGAGCUCUUCGACGUGAAGAACGCUUUUUACAUCGGCAGCUACCAGCAGUGCAUCAACGAGGCGCAGCGGGUGAAGCUGUCGAGCUCAGAGAGAGACAUAGAAAGGGACGUCUUCCUGUACAGAGCAUACCUUGCACAGAGGAAGUACGGCGUGGUGCUGGAUGAGAUCAAGCCCUCCUCGGCCCCUGAGCUCCAGGCUGUGCGCAUGUUCGCCGAGUACCUCGCCCACGAGAGCCGGAGGGAUGCCAUCGUGGCCGAGCUGGACCGGGAGAUGAGCAAGAGUGUGGACGUAACCAAUACCACCUUCCUGCUCAUGGCUGCCUCGGUCUACCUCCACGACCAGAACCCAGACGCUGCCCUGCGCGCCCUGCACCAGGGGGACAGCCUGGAGUGCACGGCCAUGACGGUGCAGAUUCUGCUGAAGCUAGACCGUCUGGACCUCGCCCGGAAGGAGCUGAAGAGGAUGCAGGACCAGGACGAGGACGCCACCCUCACCCAGCUUGCCACCGCCUGGGUCAACCUGGCCAUGGGUGGCGAGAAGCUGCAGGACGCCUACUACAUCUUCCAGGAGAUGGCCGACAAGUGCCUGUCCACCCUGCUGCUGCUCAACGGGCAGGCGGCCUGUCACAUGGCCCAGGGCCGCUGGGAGGCCGCCGAGGGUGUGCUGCAGGAGGCGCUCGACAAGGACAGCGGCCACCCAGAGACGCUCAUCAACCUCAUCGUCCUGUCCCAGCACCUGGGCAAGCCCCCUGAGGUGACUAACCGUUACUUGUCCCAGCUGAAGGACUCCCACAGGUCCCACCCCUUUAUCAAGGAGUACCAGGCCAAGGAGAAGGACUUCGGCCGGCUGGUGCUGCAGUACGCUCCCUGUGCCUGAGGCUGCCCUCCCUGCCUGGCAUCGCCCCCGUCCUCUCUCAGGGCCGGAAGCCUGGCGCUAGCACCCCCAUCCGUCAAUAAAUGCCCCACCUCCAGGGCA